AUGUCUUCGUCAAGUGGCAAAUCCGACGAACAACGCGCGGAGCAUCCAAAAUUAGACGAAUUGAAGAGGUUACGUAAAAUCUACUUCUUGAAGGCGAAAAGCCAUAGAUACCUAUUUCUCGAUGAAUUAAAAACAUUAAUAAGAGAUUGGACGGAACGACUUCCAAAUCUGCGUGACAUCUUUACAAGGCAAGAGAUAGAUUGGCUUCUCGAAGUGAGCAUCGAUCGGUUUGACCGGCGUCGAGAAAUAGUUGAUUUCUUCAUUCGUUGCGGCUACAAAGACGAGCCCGAUUUGGACGAGAACGGUAAGCCACUGUUGCGUCGCACCACGCCAGUACAUCAGGUAGAUAAAUGCAAUGACGAGUUCACUUCGAGAACUGCAGCGUUGCAACGUCUUUUUAAAAUUUACGACAAAUUUGACGUAAAUUAUAUCGACGAGUCGGGCUACACUCAUUUCCACAUGGCCUGCAAGUAUGGACUGGCCGACGUUGCGGAGAAGUUCCUCGAGCUCGGCCAGGAUCCCAAUUGCCUCGUAUCGAAAACGGGUGAUUCAACACUACACUUGGCUCUCGCCUCCCGUCACAAGGAAGUCGCCGUAUUAUUGUUGAAACACGGCGCCGAUCCGAAUCUGGCCAACGAGAAAGGAGAGACUCCUUUGCAUAUUAUUUGCGAGAGAAGCUGCGUCGAUGGAUUGGCCAAGUUAUUCUUCGAAAUUCUGGACGAAAGGCAGCAGAGAAUACAGAUCGAUGCCCAAGACAAAUCGGGCAACACACCGUUGCACUUGGCUACUUGGUACAGAAACGCGAAGGUGGUCGAGUUGCUGCUAAGACGUGGCUCCGAUCCGAAUUCGGUCAACCAUGAAGGAGAGACACCUUUGCAUAUUAUAGCCCAAAAAGACGGUUUAUGUGAAAUAGUAGGGCUAUUUUUCCAAAUCAACGACGAAUUGAAUCAGCUGGUACAGGUCAACGCCCGUGACAAGUCGGGUAAUACACCGCUACACUUAGUACCGAAAAUCCAGAAAGAAUUAGUCGAUUUGAUGCUGAGGAGAGGCGCCGAUCUGACUCUAGUCAACGAAAAAGGAGAGACUCCUCUGCACAUGAUUGCCAAGCACGCCCGCGGAGUGGAUCUAUUUUUCAAUGUAAUCAAAGACAUGAAGCAGACGGUGCAGAUCGACACCCGGGACAAUUCGGGUCGAACAGCGCUGGAAUGGGCCGUGGCGAGUUGCUGUCCGCUGGGCGUCGAGAGUCUUCUGGAACAUGGCGCCGACGUGUCCGGAUUCGUUUUUCCGACCGCGACAGACUUUGACCAGUACGGGAAAAUCUAUCAAUUUUUUUUUCCUGUCGGGAGUUAUUGUUCUGUAAUUAAACUAGCCGUGGCGACUGGUCUGCUGGCCAUCGUCGAACUGCUCGAGACAAAUGUAGGUCAGGAACUGGACCUCGAUGACACCCUAAAGGUCAUGGGAUUUUUCAACAAGUACGAAUUGUAUGAAAGUGCGAAUUUUUCGACCACUAAGGAUGUCGACGAUUUGGUCGAUUCAAUAUUAAAAGAGAUACCGAAAAAAUCCACGUAUAUGGAUUACUUCAAGUUCGCGAGCUCGUACACGCUAAAACUCCACUACAAGUCUAAGGAUGCUUGUGAUUUGCGUCUAUGCGAAAAAGUAACGAGGAAAUUUUUUCGCGAAUGGGCCCUGGAUUGUUUUAUGGCAUUGAUACACUAUCGGCUGCCAAUUCUCUGUUGUGACAUGAUUAUAGAUCAGCUAACGAACAAAGAUUUGUACAAUAUUUGCUUGGCGGCUAAAAGUCAAACUGAUGAGCAAGAUAAAACAAAUGUAAUAGUAAAUUUAAUAAAACGUAACAACGAAAGACCCGUUGGAGGUGAAAAAGCUCCAAAAGGGCUAAAAAUUGAAUGUUAA